AUGUCAAUGAUCGAGAUGGAAGAGCGCAAGAGACUGUCAGAUAUAGAUGAAAGGGGUUAUUCUGAGAACUCGUUCCCUGGGCUUAGCGACGAAACGCAGAGCGAAGAGACGGUAUCAAAGGAUGGCUUGCUCGUCAAGAUCACAAAAACGUUGGGACGAUGGGGUCUAGAAGUUAACGGCUAUGUCUUCGCUGCACCUCACGUUGUAUUCCCACCGGAGGAAAGGAGUGACCCUCGGCUGUAUCAGAUAUUUUUCGUGUGGUUUUCCGCCAACGCGAACGUUCUAACGAUGGCAGCCGGCACGGUCGGUCCUGCCUUUUACGGUCUCGGAAUUAGAGACGCGUGUCUCGUUAUCGUCGUCGUCGACAUAAUGUAUGCAUUCCGGUUCGACAUUAACCUACACGAUUCCUGCGUACUUAUGAGACCAGGCCAAUUCGCAUUAGUGCAGUCUUCGGGCCAAAGCUGGGGACUCGAUCGAUGGUGCAAGCACGCUUCUCCUGGGGACUAUGAUGUCAACAGCUACUAUGGAGCGAUUAUUCCAAGCAUACUGAAUGUGAUAUCACUGCAAGGAUACGUUAUUUUGAAUACGAUCAUCGGAGGGCAGACACUCGGAGCCAUCUCGUCGCAUCUCAGCGCGACGCUCGGCAUCGUGAUCAUCGGUCUGUUCACGCUUGCGGUAGUCUUUAGUGGGUACCGCGUUCUGCAUUGGUAUGAAACGUUCGUCUGGAUUCCAAACGUCAUCGCGUUCGUCGUCAUGCUCGCGGUGAGCGGGAAACAUCUGGUCGACGCCCCUCUAACGAGUCCAUCCCCCGUCUUGGCGUCCGCGAUCAUGACAUUCGGUGCUACCCUUGCUGCGACCAAUGUCAGCUAUGCACCUCUGACGCCAGACUAUGGAGUAUACCAUGAUCGCAAGGCUAGCUCCUGGAGGAUCUUCCUCUAUGCAUAUCUUGGAUUCCUUAUGUCGAGCAUGCCCGUACAUCUCCUUGGCGCUGCCUUCACGGCGACUGCAAACUACGUCCCCACUUGGAUCCCGAGGUUUUUCCUGGCCAUCGUAUCGACUGCGAUUGGGCUCAAGUAG